UCAUUCAUGGCUCAUACAAAAUUAUCGACCUUAUUUCGUCGUAUUCUUGUCCUUUUCCUUUUCCUUUUCUUAUCUUCUUGUCUAUCGAUUUCUAAAGCAGCCAACGAAAUCGAUACUCAAUCUGCUUCGUCUACGACUAUCAAUUCUAUGAUUAAAACAAUGAAUCGGCUGAAUUUCUUCAAUAAGAAUGGGCCUCUAAAGAAAACAAGGAAACUGCUAGAAGCUGAUCUAGUGCAGCUGGACUAUGAUGAGGCUGAACCAAAUCCUAAGCAUGAUCCCAAGAGGGGAAGAGGGGGUGGAAGGAAUCCUUGAAUCUUACUCCCCAUGCCAAUUUUACACCAAUUUCUAUUUUAAUUUGUUCUAUUGAUUAUAUACCUGUUUUUUUAAUAGUCUCAGUCUCCUUUUAAUCUUAUCUACAAAUUUAUACUUUCUUUUCAUCUUAAUUACUAAAUUCUAUCAUCUAUUUGUUUCUUGUUUCAUAACAAUUUAAUUUUGCUUUUCAAUAAUUUCAAUAAUUUUUCAGUAGGUG